AAGUGUAAACAAAAAUAUGCUUCGGGCACUAUAGAGAAGUUGGAAAUUCGUACAGUUGGUCUCGAAGCAUUAUUUGUCCAGAUUGCUACUUUCGAGGCACAUAAUCCAGAUGUCCACAUUCUAUUUGAAUCCACAUAUUUGUUGUGA